UCCAUUUAUACAUUCAUUUCUUUCCGACGAACACAAAAUGCAUAAUAUACGUAUAAAAAAGAACAAACCGGAUAUUCACUCGGUAGGUAAAAAUGCCAUGUCCUGUCGAUAAUGUAGCAUCUGCGACGAGCAGCUGCAUUUCCGAAAGCGUAGUUAGAGGACGACAUGUAUACUAUUCGCGAACCAUUCGCGCAUUGCGUCAUCCGCCGAUCGAAUCGUAUCGGCGAAGUGCACAUGGCGGUUCCAAUCUACUCUUGGUACGGUCGUUCGAAUCAUCAGUACGAAAAUCUAGUAGCAGGGAACGAGCGUGAGCGGAAUCAGCGUGUUGUCGAAUCGCACGAGCGAUGGCGCCAAAAAAUAAGGAAAAUAACGCCAAACGAAAGAAGCAGGUAGAGGACGAAGGAGACGAGGACUAUCGGAAACGGCGGGAUCGGAAUAACCAGGCUGUGAAACGAUCCAGAGUAAAGAGUAAAUUACGCACUCAACAAACAUUAGAACGAGUAAAUCAGCUGAAAACGGAGAAUGAACUACUGGAGGAAAAGAUUAAAAUGCUUACCAAGGAGUUAGGAUUUCUCAAGGAUCUCUUUCUUGCACAUGCAGGUUCCAAUCAACACUCUAUAAACAUUCAAGAUCUAGAUCUAAAUUCUCUUCUAGCCGAAGAUAAAUCUACGGUAGAUGGCCUGAAGACGACUACGGCCGAGCUGUAAACUGAUACAUGCACCACGUGAAGGGAAUCAGCGUGGUAUUGAAUUCGAAACGCGAGGAAGCAUGGGUCGUUUAAUCGAAAGAGCAAGCAUCUUGGAAAGAUGUACUCUUUAAAUUUAUUGGGAAAUAUUCAAAACGCGAAAAGCAUUUCCUGAAUGCGAACCUUCUGGGUUACAACGUCGUCGGGAAUUAUCAUCAAUCAAAUUUAUAGUUUAUUGGCAGCGGGAGAUAUGGCAGAGUUGUCUUAUGGUAAAUUCAAGUAUGAAAGUAUUCAUCCUGAUUGUCAAUCCCAAUAGAGCUGUUACGAUCUUAAAUAGUACAAAGGUUGGGACGGAUUAACUAUUUAAUAUGAAUAUUGUACAUAUUGUAUUUAUUAUGCUUAACAUUGUAUCUUAUUUUGUGUAAUAUAUAUCUUAGGAGGCGUACUUUUAUUAUGUACAGGUAAAAAUAGAAAAUAAUAUUUUAACAUUUACAUCUGCUAAAUGCUAUCAAGAUAAAAUUUAUUUUAUCGUUAUAUAAUUAUAUAAAAUACAAUUUAUAAAAUGAUACAUUUUUGCAAUAUUUACAUAGUAAUUUAAACAGAUUUCUUUGAAACGAAUUACGUUUAUAUAAUUUGGGAAUAUAGUAUACAUUUGCGGUUUAAAUCAACAACACACCAUUCUUAAUAUUCGAGUAUGAUAAUAGAUACUUGCGCCUUCACUUUUUCAUAGAUUCGUAUUUCUGGCAUGCAUCAAAUAGUUCUUAAAUUGUUAAAUAUUUCGAUGGGUUCAUUGACAACGUGUUAUCGGUUCUUUUCAAAAUUGCGUGAAUAUUUAAACAAUGUAUUCGACCCAGAAACAUCUACUCAUAAAAGUGAAGGCAUUUAUGUGCACUAUUAUUGAUAUACACAAAAAGCAUAUUGCAAGAAAACAUCCAAAUAUUUUUGAAAUAAAUUUGUCCUCUCUUGAUUGUCGAUAUUUAUUAGCAUGAUAAUUAAAAUUGCACAGAAGAAUUUAUAGAAAGCAAUAUGUAAUAACUUUAUAAUCAGAUUUUUCUAAUCAUGCGCAUAAUUAAAUCAGAUAAGUUAAAUUAAAUCAGAAAACGCCUGACAAUGAAUCAUUGUCGAUUUUAGGCUCGUCUCAAUUUUAUUAUUAUUUCCUUAUUUUAUGCAAGAUAAUGUGCAGUAAAUAACAUCCAAUAAUAGUCUAACAUAUUUUGCAACAAAAGGGACUUGCAGUUAGCGUACUGAUAUAAUGUUUAACCUGAUCAAUAAUAAAAAAAAAUAUAUUUGUAUUGUAUGAAAAAAUUAUUGAGAAAAGUUGAGAUUAAUAUAUGUUUAAUACUUUAGGCGACAUAACAUCAGAUUUAUAAUGAUUAGCAAUUUAAAUAAAAUGAAAUAAUAAUAAAAAUUAAUAUAAUGUCAAAUAAAAUUAUGAGCAAUGUGGAGAAUUGUAA